AUGGCCCCAACACCAACUACACCAAAGAACAACAAGAAAACGAAAGACCUUAGCUCACCUUCUGCAGGUAGCGAGCAACGAGUCAUUGUUUUAACUCCUUCCACCUCAAAUUCUUCUGAUGGUUCUGCUAUGCCUUCACCUCCUCCUGUUCAAGACACAAAGAAGAACAAGAAGAACAAUCAACAAAAGAUAUCACCUGGCAAAGACUCAAACAACGCCAAGGUGGGUUCACAAGGUGCUUCUGCUCUCGCUUCUUCGAUGGAAUUGUUUGAGUCCAACCCAUCUGAAGAGGUUUCUGGUAAAAGAGCAAGAGUUGCUGAUGAACUAGAUGAUUGGUUUAAAAACCACAUCAUCGACUCUUACCAAAGAAUGUUUGAUACAAUACUAGACAAGCUGGCUACAACUACAACAACUUCAACCAAGGACAAGUAUAUUGAAAUGGUUCAAACACCAAGCAAAGCGAAUAUCUCCAACAUUCGUCAAAGAGUUUCAGUAAGCAAAUCUUCAACUUCUACCUACAAGUCAGGUUACAUCCUAGUAACUGACAAUGGUAGCUCAGCUUCACUCCCCUCUGUGGUUGACCCAACAAGCAAAACCUUGGAUAACAACCAAGCUGGUUCUGAAAAGAACCUUGAUGCUAUUUUCAACGCCAUCACUUCUUUGGGUGAGAGAAUAAAGCAUCUUGAAGCUGUUCCUCCUAUUCUGCAACAAGCUAAUCAACUUGAUGAAGACCUUGAUGAGGAAUCCGCUGAUGAGGAUUUCACUGGUAAACAUUGGGGUCUAACUACUAUCAAGGAGAUUAGACGUAACUACGAAGUUGGUGAUAGACUAUCCGAUGGAGAUGUCAUAAGUUUUGUCUCAACCAAAACACUUCGUCAUUACUCUUCCAAUGAGGCGUUGUUGAAUAGAGUUCAAGUUUUGAUGGCUCGAUUUGAAUCUGUCAUUCACAACUCUCGUAACUAUCCUCGUCUACAAGAAAUUCAAUCCAAAGGCUUGCAAAAGAUGAUGGAAAUGUUACAUUUGAAGUCUAAAUUAUAUUAA